AUGCCGCUGGAAUUCGCGGGCUCGCAGAUCACAGGGGCCCGGGCGCGCCAGGCCUGGCGCUCCCGAAUCGAUGAGGAAAGCCGCUCUCCCCGGCAGAUCUUCCCGGCCGGGGCGCCUCCAUCACCCUGCCCGCGCCUCGGCACGCUGGCAAGGAGCCCGGGAAGAGACGCCGGGAGCGACUUAUGAAAAUAUGCAUCAGUUUAAUACUGUCUUGGAAUUCAUGAGAUGGAAGCAUAGGUCAAAGCUGUUUGGAGAAAAUCGGAAGUACAGUUUUAUCUAGCCACAUCUUGGAGGAGUCAUAGGAAAGCAGUGGGAGUUGAAGUCAUUGUCAAGUGCUUGCGAUCUUUUACAAGAAAAUCUCACUGAAUGAUAGUCAUUUUAAAUUGGUGAAGUAGCAAGACCAAUUAUUAAAGGUGACAGUACACAGGAAACAUUACAGUUGAACAAUGACUCAGCUAUAUAUUUACAUCAGAUUAUUGGGAGCCUAUCUCUUCAUCAUUUCUCAUAUUCAAGGACAGAAUCUAGACAGUAUGCUCCAUGGCACUGGGAUGAAAUCAGACUCCGACCAGAAAAAGUCAGAAAAUGGAGUAACCUUAGCACCAGAGGAUACCUUGCCUUUUUUAAAGUGCUAUUGCUCAGGGCACUGCCCGGAUGAUGCUAUUAAUAACACAUGCAUAACUAAUGGACAUUGCUUUGCCAUCAUAGAAGAAGAUGACCAGGGAGAAACCACAUUAGCUUCAGGGUGUAUGAAAUAUGAAGGAUCUGAUUUUCAGUGCAAAGAUUCUCCAAAAGCCCAGCUACGCCGGACAAUAGAAUGUUGUCGGACCAAUUUAUGUAACCAGUAUUUGCAACCCACACUGCCCCCUGUUGUCAUAGGUCCAUUUUUUGAUGGCAGCAUUCGAUGGCUGGUUUUGCUCAUUUCUAUGGCUGUCUGCAUAAUUGCUAUGAUCAUCUUCUCCAGCUGCUUUUGUUACAAACAUUAUUGCAAGAGCAUCUCAAGCAGACGUCGUUACAAUCGUGAUUUGGAACAGGAUGAAGCAUUUAUUCCAGUUGGAGAAUCACUAAAAGACCUUAUUGACCAGUCACAAAGUUCUGGUAGUGGGUCUGGACUACCUUUAUUGGUUCAGCGAACUAUUGCCAAACAGAUUCAGAUGGUCCGGCAAGUUGGUAAAGGCCGAUAUGGAGAAGUAUGGAUGGGUAAAUGGCGUGGCGAAAAAGUGGCGGUGAAAGUAUUCUUUACCACUGAAGAAGCCAGCUGGUUUCGAGAAACAGAAAUCUACCAGACUGUGCUAAUGCGCCAUGAAAACAUACUUGGUUUCAUAGCGGCAGACAUUAAAGGUACAGGUUCCUGGACUCAGCUCUAUUUGAUUACUGAUUACCAUGAAAAUGGAUCUCUCUAUGACUUCCUGAAAUGUGCUACACUGGACACCAGAGCCCUGCUCAAAUUGGCUUAUUCGGCUGCCUGUGGUCUGUGCCACCUGCACACAGAAAUUUAUGGCACCCAAGGAAAGCCCGCAAUUGCUCAUCGAGACCUAAAGAGCAAAAACAUCCUCAUCAAGAAAAAUGGGAGUUGCUGUAUUGCUGACCUGGGCCUUGCUGUUAAAUUCAACAGUGACACAAAUGAAGUUGACGUGCCCUUGAAUACCAGGGUGGGCACCAAACGCUACAUGGCUCCAGAAGUGCUGGACGAAAGCCUGAAUAAAAACCACUUCCAGCCCUACAUCAUGGCUGACAUCUACAGCUUCGGCCUGAUCAUUUGGGAGAUGGCUCGUCGUUGUAUCACAGGAGGGAUCGUGGAAGAGUACCAAUUGCCAUAUUACAACAUGGUACCGAGUGAUCCGUCAUACGAAGAUAUGCGUGAGGUUGUGUGUGUCAAACGUUUGCGGCCAAUUGUGUCUAAUCGGUGGAACAGUGAUGAAUGUCUACGAGCAGUUUUGAAGCUAAUGUCAGAAUGCUGGGCCCACAAUCCAGCCUCCAGACUCACAGCGUUGAGAAUUAAGAAGACGCUUGCCAAGAUGGUUGAAUCCCAAGAUGUAAAAAUCUGACGGUGUAACCAUCGGAGGAGAAACUCUAGACUGCAAGACUGUUUUUACCCAUGGCAUGGGUGGAAUUAGAGUGGAAUAAGGAUGUUAACUUGGUUCUCAGACUCUUUCUUCACUACGUGUUCACAGGCUGCUAAUAUUAAACGUUUCAGUACUCUUAUUAGAAUACAAGCUGGGAACUUCUAAACACUUAAUUCUUUAUAUAUGGACAGCUUUAUUUUAAAUGUGGUUUUUGAUGCCUUUUUUUAAAUGGGUUUUUAUGAACUGCAUCAAGACUUCAAUCCUGAUUAGUGUCUCCAGUCAAGCUCUGGGUACUGAAUUGCCUGUUCAUAAAACGGUGCUUUCUGUGAAAGCCUUAAGAAGAUAAAUGAGUGCAGCAGAGAUGGAGAAAUAGACUUUGCCUUCUACCUGAGACAUUCAGUUCGUUUGUAUUCUACCUUUGUAAAACAGCCUAUAAAUGAUGAUGUGUUUGGGAUACUGCUUAGUUUAUGAUAGUUUGUCCUGCCUUCCUUAAUAAUGUGUGUGUGUGUCCAUGCACAUGCACGCCAGGAUUCCUCUGCUGCCAUUUGAAUUAGAAGAAAAUAAUUUAUAUGCAUGCACAGGAAGAUAUUGGUGGCCGGUGGUUUUGUGCUUUAAAAAUGCAAUAUCUGACCAAGAUUCGCCAAUCUCAUAUAAGCCAUUUACCUUGCAAGUGAGAUAGCUUCCCCACCAGCUUUAUUUUUUAACAUGAAAGCUGAUACCAAGGCCAAAAGAAGUUUAAAGCAUCUGUAAAUUUGGACUGUUUUCCUUCUACCACCAUUUUUUUUGUGGUUAUUAUUUUUGUCAUGGAAAGCAUCCUCUCCAAAGUUGGAGCUUCUAAUGCCAUGAACCAUGCUUACAAAGAAAGCACUUCUUAUUGAAGUGAAUUCCUGCAUUUGAUAGCAAUGUAAGUGCCUAUAACCGUGUUCUGUAUUCUUUAUUCUCAGUAACUUUUAAAAGGGAAGUUAUUUAUAUUUUGUGUAUAAUGUGCUUUAUUUGCAAAUCAUCCACUCCUUUACAACCAUACUUUAUAUAUGUACAUACAUUCAUACUGUAGAAACCAGCUCAUGUGUACCUCACAUCCUAUCCUUAAGGGAAGAAAUGUUAUAAAGUAGAACUAAAUAUGACUUUUCAGAAUUAAUGCAUUCAAAGUAAUAUAUCAAAUCCAGGGCUUUGUUAACUUCAGGCAAAAACUUCAUUAGGGUAAUAUCAUCUCAAUUUUUUCAAAUGAAAGGAUUCUUUAAUUAGAAAUUUAUAUGUCAGAGCUGUUAUAAAUUUAUCAACUGUUAAAUAUGUUUUGGACAUCUACAUCAUUUGAGAUUUUUGGUUUUUGAUUUCUGUUCCCUAACUUGUGAAGACAAUGAAAAAUCAGGCAGAAAUAUUUAGUAUCUAGUCAGUAUCUGUAGCUACACUGUAUAACUGUUCUUCAAUAAAAUGGUACAUAUUUUAUAGA